AUGGUUCGAUUUGAGGCACUCAAGGGGAUCCGCCAGUCUGGCCUUCGAAAAACAUUUACGGCUGAUAGCGCCAAUGAAGAUGCGAUCCCUGGCAAUGAGGAGGAGGACGAUGGCCCGGUGGUUGUCAAGGCCAAAUUUGGCGCCCAAAAACAAAAGAAGAAACCCAAGUCACGACUGUCCUUUGGACUGGGAGCUACCGAAGAAGAGAACGACGAUACUACUCUAGAAGCGCCAAUGAAGAAGUCGACAUUGGGCCAGCGAGUGGUUGAGAGCAACGCCGUGAAGCGAGGCAUAGCGAUGAGAGGAUUUCCGGUGCGGACUUUGGAUGAUGAUGACGACAGGCCGAGAUAUAGCAAGGAGUACCUCGACGAACUGCAGUCAUCCACACCGACCACACCCAUCGACUCUGCGUCCCUACCGACAGACGGUGAUGAAAUGGAGCUGGACGCCUCUGAGCUUGAAGGAGCCAUGAUCGUGGACUCACCAGCGCCCGCACCACCCGCGACCAAAAUUCAAGUUCUCACUCCCUCAGAAAUCCAAGAACGAAAAGAACGCCGGGCAAGGCUAGCUCAGGAGCAAGAUUUCCUAUCCGUCGACGACGACGACGACGACGACGGACGGGCCAAGAAGAAGGGGGACACGAGGCUGGCAACCGACGAGGACCAGAUGGGCGAGGGCUUCGACGACUUCGUCGACGAUGGGGGCGUCUCCCUCGGCAAGCGCGCCGAGAAGCAGCGGCGCAGGCUGGACCGGCAAAAGAUGGCGGAGCUCAUCGACGCCGCCGAGGGCCGCUCGUCGGACUCCUCGUCGGACAGCGAGGCCGAGCGGCGCAUCGCGUACGAGGCGGCGCAGACGCGCUCCGGGCUAGACGGCCUGCGCAAGGAGCGCCCGCGCAGGGACCCGGCCCGGGAGCUGCUCGAGAUCCCGCCCAAGAUCACGCCACUGCCGGGCCUGGCCGAGUGCGUCGCCCGCCUGCAGGCGACGCUCGGCGGUAUGGAGGCGCAGAUUGGGGUCAAGGCCGCGGAGGUGGCGGGGAUGCGUGCGGAGCGCGAGGGCAUCGCGGCACGCGAGGCCGAGGUGCAGGCCCUGCUGGACGAGACGGGCAAGAAGUACCAGGAGGCCAUGGGGAGGGUCCCGGCGCCGGCGAGAGUCAUGGAUGAAGGAAUGCCGGCUGGCGACCUUGGCCCGGAGAGCUUGGGAUCGACACCGAGCAGGACUGCAGGGGAUGCUGGGGGCGCUGAGUUGUAA